AUGGGGGACCCGGAAGUGCUGCAAAAGGCAAAGAUCGACUACUACAUCAGGGAAAAGCUAUGGAACACAGCUCAAAAUUUUUCCGCACAAGCCAUGAGGCGGUUCAGCGGCAAGCCUCUAUUCCGGUUCUACUACAGCAUAUGCCUGCAACUGCAGAACAAUCCCCAGGAGGCUCUCCGUCAGCUCGAAGAACUGAAGAAUGAGGCGGAUUUUGCUCUGGGAGUGAGCUACGCGCUUCUCAGAACACAUCAGAGCUUCAAUAACGUCGACUUUGAAGCGACCGCCAAUCUAGAGUUGACGAUCCGAAAUCUGCGCGAAGACCGAAACGACAAACUGUUCUACUAUGCCGGUUUAUACCAUUACCUCGUUGGCGAUCUCGAGACCGCCAAAGAGUUGGUGGAUCGUAUGCUGAAGCUUGCGCCGCCGUCGAAGGAAGGUCUUGUUUUGAAGGGAUGGCUGGAGCUCCUGCGGCAAGCUAAAACGAACGUGUCUCAGUAUUUCGAAUCUUCCGGGAGCGGGAAUCCCGAGGCUAUUUUCGGAAAAGCAGAAGCCCUCAAAAGAGCGGGAGAUCUACACAAAGCACUGGAUGUUGUCAACCAAGGCGUAGUUUCUUUCCCAGGUAAUCUACCAUCGAUCCUCGAAAAGAUGAAAGUGCACAUGGCAAUGGGAGACUGGGAACAGGUAGUCGACACCUCCAACAGAGCUCUGUCGAUGGACACGAAUUGCGUCCAGGCGCAAAGGUUCCAAGUUGUGCACCUGCUCUGCAAGAUGAAUAAUGUCAAAGAAGCACAGCGCAAGAUCCGGGAAGUCCUGGCGUCUCUCGACAUCGUGGAACCUCGCAACUCGUGGCUGUACUACGAGACCGCUUCGAUAUUUAUCGUUGUCUCCGGCCGACAACAACAGAUACUGGAGCAGUGUUUGGUACUCAUGGAGAAAGCCACCUCCUUCAGCCCCAAGAACUCGACGUUCGAAACGGGGGUUGCUAAGGUGCUUGUCAUGCUGAAGCGCUUCAAGGAUGCCGAUAAACAUUUGGCCACCGCCCUCCGCUCCGACGGGCAGAACAUGGAAGCUACCCUGACUAGUAUCCUGGUUCAAAUUCAAUCACAAGGAGACGAAGGUCUCCACGCCGCUGAGCAGCAGAUCGACUUGAUUCAAGAAGUGCACAGAACGCAAAUGACCCCGGAAAUGCUCUACAUCAGCGCUUUGCUACUCAGCAAGCAGCACAAGUCUCCGGAGCGAGCUAUUCAACUCCUCGAACAAGCGGUUACAAAACACUACCAAACCACAGAGGGUCAACCGAAGAGUAUGGAGUAUCUGCUCUCGCUGAAUCCGGACUUCGUAGUGCAGAUGAUAAGACUCUACUUGGAAUACGCGUCCGACCGCCCGAUCAAAGGCCCCGGACAAGCCGUGCCUGAGAUCCUGAAGAAAUGCCAGGCGGCUCUGAAACCGGUUCUCCAUAUGUGCCCGGCUAUCACUGAUGCGAAUUAUCUCAUGGCGAGAAUCAAAUACCUAUCAGGGGAUCCAGCUUCUGCCCAAGCUCUUCUCGAUAAAGUGACACUCGCCAACCAGCAGACCUCGACGGAAACCUACCUCCUCCUAGCUCAGGUUCAGCUGGAACAGGAUUCGGUUCAAUCUGCUCAACAGACGCUGGAAAUGGCUCUGUCGAACAGUUUCCAGGUCCGGGACAAGCCAUUGUUUCACCUCAUAAAGGCCAAGGUGCAUCGCAAGCUCGAUGAGAAUCAAGAAGCUUUGUCCUGCCUGAAAACUGCCAUGGACCUUGCUGGGCUCAGCGGGGGAUCCGCGAAGGCUACCUUGAACACCAACGAUCGAAUGAAUCUGUUCCUCGAACUUUCCGACAGCUACCGGCUCCUUGGUGACCAGAAGAAAGCGGAAGAUAUUAUGGGUGAAGCUCUCGCUCAUUUCAAGGGUACUCCGGAAGAGAUCAAGGUCAGCAUCGCUGGAACGGAACUGGCUCUCAGCCGGGGCAACGUGGAUCAGGCCCUGGCCCUGCUGCAGGCCAUAGGACCAGAAGAGAGCUAUUACUUGGAUGCUCGCGAGCGCAUGGCGAACAUAUAUCUCCAAUACCGGAAGGACACCAAGUUGUACGUCACGUGCUACCGGGAUAUCGCCAAGAUGAAUCAAACGGCCGACUGCUUCCUCAUGCUGGGAGACGCCUUGAUGAAGAUCCAUGACCACGAAGGAGCUAUCGAAGCCUACGAGAACGCACUGAAGAAAAACCCGAGAGAUUACAACGUGGGUAGGAAAAUGGGUCAACUCCUGGUGAGAACCCAUUUCUACGACAAGGCCAUAACCUUCUACAAGGCUGCCAUAAAGACCGGUGGGGAAUCUCUACUCAGAUACGAUCUGGCUCAUCUCCUCCUGCGACUUCAAAGGUUCAAAGAGAGCGAGGAUGUCAUCAACGCAACUUUUGAGCCCCUCAAGCAGCAAUCAGAUCUCCAAUCGCUGCAAUGGGAGUCGAAAUUCACGGUUCUGCUCGCCAAAAACUACCAUGCCAAUCCAGCGAAGGGCAACGAUGCUUCGAUCCGGGCUUAUCAGAAAGCAUACGACAUCCAGAGCCGGGUGAUGAUGCGCGUCCAUCUGGAAGCGCCCGACUCCGUACAAGAGCAGCUAACUCAGGCUCUGCAUAUCUGUUCGCGACUUGCGGCGCAUGCCGAGAGCAAGAAGGACUAUCAGCAGGCUCUGAAGUUCCUACGCCAAGCUCUUCAUUACGACCAGACGAACCUGCAUUCGCUAUCAGCAGUAGCAAAAGCCGAAAUGGCGUCGAACAAUUUGGAGCAGGCGCGUCAGUAUUGCAAUCAGAUACUGAAAAUCGACAAAGACAAUGAUAAUGCCACGCUCAUGAUGGCCGACAUCAUGUUCCGGAAGACCGAUCUGGAGAACUCGCUCAUCCACUUUGAAAAAUUGCUCCUGAGAAAACCGGAAUACUAUCCCGCGUUGGCGAGGCUAAUCGAGGCGUGCAGGCGGCUCGGAUGUCUAGACAAAUGCAAACCGUUCCUCGAUAGUCCUCCGACCGUUCCUGCCGCAGGAUUCUAUUACUGCAGGGGUCUGUACGACUGGUACACCGAGAACACUCAAGCGGCGAUGAAAAACUUCAACCAAGCUCGAGGAGAUCUUGAAUGGGGAGUCAUCGCAACGUAUCAUAUGAUCGAAAUAUGCUGCAAUCCUGACAAUAACACUCUGGGCUCAGAGACCUUCGACAGCUCUUCCUCACCCGAAGAGAUCCAGAGCAUCAUAGAAACCGCGGAAACUCUUCUCGCCGAGCUGCGGACCAAAGUGCCGCCGUCGGACCUUGACCUGCAGAUCAUGUCCAACUUCGUACUGCUGGCGAAGAAGAACAAACAAGAUGCGGAAAUCGCUCUCAACGAUUUCUUGCAAAUCUCAUCAGACGAGAAAUACCGCGAGCACGUCGGGGCUAUCCUUGGGAUCUCUACAGCUCAUAUGAUACUCAAACAAGUCCCGAAAGCUCGCAACCACUUGAAACGAGUCAUAAAAUCUGUGUGGAAUUUCGGAGAUGCGGAAUACCUCGAGAAAGCCUGGCUUCUCCUGGCCGACGUCUACAUUCAUUCAGGGAAAUACGACUACGCUAGCGACCUGAUCAAACGGGUCCUCCAGUACAAUCGGAGCUGCACCCGAGCCUACGAAUAUAUGGGUUACAUCAUGGAGAAAGAGCAGAGCUAUCGAGACGCAGCUAACUGCUACGAAUCUGCAUGGAAGCUCACCCAUAAACCCACUAUCGGUUACAAGCUGGCUUUCAAUUACCUGAAAGGCAAGCGCUUCGUCGACGCAAUCUCAGUUUGUCAUCAAGUCCUCGCCUUGUAUCCUGAGUACCCCAAGAUCAAGAAAGAAGUGAUGGAUCGAGCUCGCUCCAACUUACGCAUGUGA